AUGGCUACGUUCGCUUUAUUGCCGGACUCCGUAAUAAUUCAGAUAUUUUCCUAUCUCUACUAUCCUUCGCUUGUUCGAAACACCAGAGUGUGUAAGCGAUGGCAUCGGUUGGCCUACGACCCAAGCUUGUGGAAAAGUGUUCACCUUCGAGAUAAACACGCUCGAAAGGUAGAAGCGGACACCAUCUCAAGAAUUAUACCCCGUAAAACAAACCUGAUUUCGAGCGUUUAUUUGACCAACUGUGCUGGAGUUAAAGAUGUGUCUCUGGAGCAUAUUGCUUUACACUGUCCAAACCUAAAGAAGCUUUUUCUAGAUGGUUGUGAUUUAAUCACGGACUCCGGUAUUUUUACUUUGGCGCGCAAUUGUAACUCACUUGAAACGGUCUCGAUUCCCUUGAGGAAAAUUUCUGAAAAAGCGCUGACAAGUUUGGUCAAAAGUAACCCUGGAGUGAAAGCCCUAUACGCUUAUUCUAUCGCUGUCACAGAAAAUACAGUCAAGGUAAUUUCAAGGGGAUGCCCUGAUCUCGAAAAACUUAUAGUUUUCGAGGCGUCCCUCGAGGACAAUCAACGAAGCUACACGGAUGCUUUGACCGACAAAAUGGUACGACUUUUGUCGAAUGGUUGUCCAAAAUUGAAGGAGUUAACGCUACGCUAUAACCAAGUCCUAGUGACGGAUAAAAGCUUGUCUUCCUUGGCGAAAAAAUGCCGAAAGUUGGAGUCCUUCGUCAUUGAUUACUGUGACAAAGACGGUGGUAUAACUGACUUUGGGGUUUGUACAAUCGCUCAAUUAUGCCGAAAUUUAAAAUGCUUAAAUAUUUCAAACGGGGUCAUCACGGAUGUGUCUUUGAUUGUGAUCGCUGAUCAUCUGCCUUGCCUUGAAGAUCUGUCCUUAGAAUUUAGUGAAAUUACAGAUGUUGGAGUCUAUGCUCUCAUGAACAGAUGCGAAAAACUUUCGCGACUCAUUGUCCACAAUUCGAACAGUUUGGAAACAGGUAUCACGGAUAAUGCAGCUUGCGUGAUCGCUAAUUAUGCCAGCGAUCUUUUUCAUUCUCUGGGUUUAGGUUUUGCGGAGAUCACGGACGAAGGUCUCAAGACAAUUUGUUACAAUGUGGAACUGACGUUUUUGUCUAUAAAUGGGUGCAACAAACUCACUUACGAGGGGCUUAAAUCGUGUUUUUGUUAUCUUGAUUGUUUGUGGUAUUUGGAUAUAAGUUUCACGGACAUUGUUAGUGAAGGUGAGCAGCUGUUGGAGAUCGGUGACUCGCUUCCUUUUUUAGAAACACUGGACAUCACAGACUGUUUCAGUAUUUCACAAGAAAGCGUGAAAGCUUUCAAAGAAAAAUUUCCGGACUGCAGAGUCAACAUGUAA